CACACACACGCAAACAAGAGAACAAGCGUCGUAGAUCCUAUUGUACUAAUACUUAUAAUAUUAUUAUUAUGUUUAAUAGUUCUAGUAUUAUAUUAUUAAUAUAGGCAAGUGAAUUUUGUUGUAGUGCUUUAAACUAAAUUAUUGUUUAAAUUAAAAUCAUUACAUCAUGGGAGUUCAAGGUUUAUGGAGUUUAUUGGAAUCGACUGGAAAACCUAUUCCUGUUGAAAAGUUGAAGAAUAAAGUCCUGAGCAUCGGUAUCCUUUUUAAACAAUAAUUGGUAUUUUAGUUUAGUCAAUUAAUUAUAUAUUAUUCAUUUUCAUAAUCAAUUUGGCAGAGUAAUUUUGUAAUUAGUGCUUUUAUUAUAUUCUCGAAUUAGGUAGGUACCUAUAUUUAAAAUAACAUAUAUUUACAAAUUCUAAUAUAUGUGUAUACCUACUCUAUUUCCUAACUUACAUUUAAGUUAAAUAUUAUAUUACAUUUGACCCCCAAUCAAUUAGUUCACUUUUAAAUGUAUUGGAUUAUUUCCAUAUGGUAUAAAUUGAAACAACAUAACCACCAUUCAUAAAAAUAAUAUCAAAUUUUAUAAAUUUACUUAUAUUUUAUUGCAAUAAAAUACCUAAGUUUAGUUAAUUAAAUGUCAGCUUAUAAUAUGUAAUUUAUUUAUAACUUAGGUUAUUAAAUAUUUAACAGUAAUUUUCCGUGCAUACUAUUUAUUAAUUAUUAUUGUUUAUUUAUGAAGCACAUUCAUAGUCAAUGCAACUACCUAUAAAUUAGUAAAUUUACCUAUUUGCUUGAUAAUACAGUAUAAUAAUAUGGCUUAAAGUUUGCAACUUUUAAGUAUUUAUGUUAGUAUAGUAGUAUACUUACGAUUGCUUACCUAUAACUAGGAUUAGAUUUAAAAGUAAAAUAUUAACUCGCAAUCUUGUUUUGGAGAUCUUCAAAUUUAAAUUAAGAUCUUUCAAAAAUAUUUAUUAUCAAGUUUACUGUACCUGAUUUAAUUAAUUAUUAUAAUAAUCGUGUUAAAAUAAAUAAACUAUAGUUUCUAAGACAGAUAGUAAAAUAGUAGCAUUAAUUGAUCAACUCUCUUAUAAUCCAAACAACACAUUUAAGGCACGUUGCCUAAACAGUAAUGGUGAGCCAAUAUGACUUUUCUGAUAGUCGAUAUUCAAAUAUUUGCUACUGACCCAAUAUUUUUUUAAAACCAUGAGUCAAUAUUUAAAUUAUCUUUAAUUAAAAAAUCCGAUAUCUGAUUUUCACUUAUAUAAUUUAAAUAUAUAUAUUAUAUACAACAUAUUAUAUGAAUUAAGUAACAUGUUUAUUAAACUGAGCACCUUUUAUUCCAAAAAAUAUCUGGUUUGAAAAGAUACCGAUAACUAAUUUUAUGAUAAUGCCAAUAUCAUUGUAUUCAAUUCAUACACAAUGGUGGUUCUGAUAUAAUAUGGCCAUAGUGGAAAAAUGUCCACAAUAAAUAUUUUAACAAAUAUUAACAUCUUAUUAUAAAAUACAAUUUAAUUAUUAUUACUUGAGUUUUAUUAAUUUCUGAUAAACAAAUAUGCAUAGAUAGUGAUUAAGGACCACAGGUAGAUCAACCUAGAUCAUCUAUUUUUUCUGUGAAAAUGUCAUUUCUAUAAUUUUUAACAAGUUCUAAGAAUUUUUUUAUUUUUAUAUUUCAUUAUAAAUUACAAUAAACAAUUAAGAACACAAACAAAACUACCUAAUACUACUUAAUACCUUAUUUUUAUGAUACACUUAGAAUUUUAAAUACAAUUUGGGUAUUUUAUUUCUAUAAAUUUGUUGGUUUAUUAUUAUGCUAUUUUAUGCUGUAUAAUUUAUUGUAAAACAAUAAUGAAAUUGGUAUGAUGCCAAUAAAAAAAAUAGAAUCUUUUUCUCCUAUAUUUUCUUGGUAAAUAAAUGUAUAUACAUACCUACUUUUAGAUUGUGAAAACACUUCCGUGCCUAUUGCUGAGUAUUAUUGACUAAAUAUGUUAUAGGAUAUAUAAGGUACACUCAAAUUUGUAUUUUCCCAUGGUUAUAUAAGCAUGUAUUGUUGAUUGUAUUCAAGAUAAUAAUUAUAGAAUUAAUCGUGGGAAUUCCAAACAAGACUGUAUGUUUUUAUGUAAUUAAAAAAUAAAAAAGAAACACCUUGCCAAGCUUACCUUAACUUUCACAUAUUUUCAGUUUAAUAAAAAAAAAAAAAAACAGUAACAAAUAUUUGUUUUAGAAUAAAUCAAAGUUUGAAAAAAUUAAUUUUUUGUAAUCUAUUUGAACAGAUCUAAAAUAACCACAGACUUUUGGGUUAUCUAAUAAAACAAUAUAUAUUUUAUAUUAAUAAUUUUUAUAUACCUAUGGCAUAAUUUAAUAUCUAUUUUGUCAAUAAUAUAGAUAUUAGGUAUCCAUAUACGUUAAGUUUUUUUAAGUGAUUUAUUAUAAGUAAUUUAAUUCUAUACUCUAUAGGUAAUAAGACAUAAGUACUUAAAAGGUUAUUAUUCAAUAUUCAACCUAUAAAUCAAGUUUUUUUUCACCUCUAAUAAUUAUUAAUUGAACAUACUCAUUCUUUAUAAUUUUAUCUGUUCUAGAAUAUUUUAUUUCUACACAAAGUCAUACUAUUUGUUUGGAAUAAAAAGUAUGAAUUGCUUUAUAUAUCAUUUAUUUAAUUUAAAUUAAGUAGAAAAACAAUACAAUUGAAAUCUUCUAUUAUUUUUCAAAAAUUGCUUUUUAAUUUAAUUAAUCCUUUUUGUGCAACAAGAAAUCUGAAAUGAUAAGUUAUUAUAAUAUGAAAUUAUCAAAUAGAAGGAAACUCUAAAUUUAAGAAUGGUAACAUUUGUUUAAAAAAAACUUUUAUCCAAGUUCUUUUGUGGUUUUAUUAAACUAUUACCAUAGAUGAAUUUAUGUGUUUUACAUAUUAAACUAAUAACUUGACAAAAUUUUCUGAAUGUUAAGUAAGUAUUAUUAUAUUUUGACCAUUUGAAUAGGAAUAUUUUAAAUUAUUAUACUCCUUUUUAAAAAUAAAUUUCCUUAAUUAUAUUUAUUAAAUAGAUGUUUCUAUAUGGUUGUAUCAAAUAAUAAAAGGUGUUCCAGAUGGUGAAUAUGGUACUGUAACCAAUAGACAUUUAAUUGUGAUGUUUCAUAGAAUAUGUAAACUGCUGUUUUAUGGUAUUAAACCUGUAUUUGUAUUUGAUGGUGGUGUACCAGAGCUUAAAAGAUUAACUAUCGUAAGUAUAAAAUACCAACUUAUUACGUGUAUUUAUUAACUGGAAUAUAAAAACCUUUUUCAAUUAAAAAACUAAAUUUCAUUAUUUUAUUCUAUUUUCUAUAACUAAGUAGGUAUAAUAAUAUUAAUUAUAAAAUACUAUGGGGUUUAUUUUUUAAAUAUACAUAGAUAUUUAGUUUAAUAUAUUUUAAAUUAUUUCAAAUAUUUAGAUCAAAUAAAACCAAUAUUAUUAUUAUACUAAAGUAUUCUAAUUAUUUUUAUUUAAAUUUUCUAUUUUUGGGUAUAAUUUAAAUUAUUAAACUUAUUUAAUGUUUAUGAUUAAUAGUAAAGGUUAUUUUACAAAUUAAAAACUUAAUUGAAUUGAAUUGAAACUUUUAUUUUAUUUAAGGAAUUUAAAUUUAAAUAAAUAAUUAGAUAUUAAAUCUUUUAAAGCAUUUUUAAUUUUUAUAUUUUGUGCAAAUUAAAAAAGAUUUUUUUUUUAAAUUAAACAGUUUAUUUUCAUUUUUAUAAUGCCAAAUAUAUUGAUAUUUGUUAAUUUAUAGUUAGAUGAAUAUUAAUAACUUUUAUUAGUUAUUCAACUUAAUUAAUAUGCAAUUAUUAUUAUUGAGAUUUACAAUUUGGUGGAGUUAUUUGUGACUCAGUUAACAAAAUAUAUCCUAGUAUUAUUAUAUUAUAAUUUUCUCAUGUAAUUUCCUGAUAUUUUUAACAGUUAGAUACUUAAAAAAAUAGGGUAGCAUAGGUUGCUACUAUUUCUAGUUUUGGUAAACACAAUCAUUUUUUUUUAAAAUCCAUGAGAAAAUUAUUACAUUUUAACUUGUUUCUAAUUCUGUGGGAACAAAAAUAUAUCUAGAUAAAAAUAUGUAUAGUAAUUUAUUUGAGCUAUAUAAUUACUAUUUCCUUAAUUACCAAGAAUUAGCUUUGGUAUUGUUUUAGUAGAUGUGCUACUUAAAAUUUAAUUUAUAAAUAAAAAACUGAUUUGAUUAAAAUCCUUAGAAAUACAAUAUCAAUAGAUUUCCUUGUUCUUAGUUGGUUUUAAUUUGUAUUAGAAAUCAGUAUAUCUGUUUUUAUUAUCAACAAUUAUUUCAGGUGUGUUUAUGUAAUAGUCAUUUGUUAUGUUAUUAUAAAAAUAUAAUUGUUGAUUAAACCACUAAAAAAUAAUAAAAAAUAAAAUUAUAGGUAAUUAUCAAACUAGAAUGAAUUAAAUUUUAUUAAAAUAUGUGUAUGUAAAUCUAAUUUGGAUUUCUAAGGAUUUAUAAAAAUAUAUAAAGUCUAAUUGUUAUUAGAUUCCAGCCAAAAGUUAAUUAAUUUAAAAUAAAUAAAUUAACAUAUAUCGUAAAAUUAAUUAAUUAUUUAAUUAAAAUACUUGUAUUAUUCUGAUAUUACAUCAACUGUGUUAGAGAUUAAUAACUAACAAUUUGAUCAUAGUAUCUAAUCUAAGAAAUGAAAAUAAUAAUUUGGAGAAGUAGGUUAUUAUUAAAAUUAUCAUUACAAUUACUUCUACAACAGUACAUUUUGGUGUAGGUAAGUUAAGUAUAAUGAGUAUUUAUUGUAUAAAAAAAAUAUAAUCAUUUAAAAACUUAAAAUGAUAGACAUAAUUCUCAUGAUGGGUGGACCACUGUUGUAGAUGAGAAGUUAGGAAGGGCGAGGUAAAAUUUAAUGUUUAUCUGUAUGCAAAAAUUAACCAUUGCUAAUGAAAAAGAUUUCUAAGCUGAAUUCAGUUAAUAGUGCUCCUUUCAAAACUUAAAUAUUACAAUUCUUAUAAAACAAAUCCACAUUACAAUUCAUUUUUUUCGACCACAAUGAACGACUUAUACAAAACUUCCUAUUAAAUUUUCUAACAUUCCUGUUUGGUCUAACAAUUUUAUCCACAGAGUACCUAUAACAAAAAUAACAAAAAUUAUAUAAAAAAAAUCCUAUCCAAAGAAUUAAAAUGUCUAUAAAUAACUCAAAAAUGGCUACAAUAUUUUGAAAAUUGUAUUUAAAAGGAAAAUAUAAGUUUUCUGUCAAAACUUCAAGUCUACCAAUAUUUUUAACUGGUAUCAAACAAAAAAGUUGAAAAAAAAAUAAAUUUCGUACAUUUUCCCUGUUUUUCCCAUGCCGCCCCUCCCCCCGUGUUUCCCAUUUAUUGGGAAAAUUGGAAAUUCAAAAAAUGACUAAUAUAUCACAAAUGAAUCACCCCAACAGAUUUUCUUUCAAAAAAAGUGCUAUCAUUGUACAUCAAAGCAAAAUUUCUGGUAAAAAAGUUGUCCACAAAAAAAAAAAAAAAAAAUAUAUAUAAUAAACAUCAUUGUGAAACCAAUACUCUAUUAAAGAGUAGCUCAAUUGCUCUACUCAAGAUGUAAAAGUAAAAUGUAUGAAUGUUAGAAUAUAAAAAUUCAAAUUUAUCAAACUAUAAAAUAUAAUUUGAUUAAAUAUAUAUUAUAUUAUUAAUCAAUUUUUUAACAUUAAAAAUUAUUAAAUUCAAAAGUAAAAUUUAAACAAUUAACAAAUAGUUUUCCAUUUGGAUUAAUAACAAGUCUAUGUAUUGCUUUAUUUUUGGACCACUGUUCUAAGUCUUUAUAAUAUAAUCAUAAAUACAAAUUAUAAAGUAUCUUUAGCUUUUAUGUUUUAUAAAAUUGAAUGAGACCGUAGAAUUUUGUCUUAGUUAUCUCAUGAUGUUUGUAUAUCUACCAAUAUGUCUUAAAACGCAUGCCUGUAAUCAUAUUUUAAACUUGGCUGAUUUUCAUAAUCAAACUAAUUAACUACAAAAACACAUAACUUCAAUUGAAAAUGAUUUAUUAAUCUAAAGUCUUAUUUAAUUUACUGGAACACAAUUUAAUCAAUAUUACAUGUUGUAUUUACUAGAUAUGCAGACAUAAAUAAUAAUAUAGCACUACAUAAAGUUUCCAAAACAAUAAUCAAAUUUUUUAUUAUCUAAUACAGAACAAAACUCACAAAAUUUUGUUUUGUUUGUUUUUUUGAAGUUUUAAUUGAGAAUUACACUUUUAAUUCAUAUAACAUUACUAUUAAUACCUGUAUAUUGAACCUGUAAUACAAUAUGUGUGCUGUUAAACUAUGAUAAUAUAUUUUUUUUUUAAAUGUAAUGGGAAUCUACUUAGUUUAUUGAGAUAGAAAAACAUUUGAAAUUUAUAUUUAUUUCACAAUUUACAACUAUAUUCUUAUUUUGAUAAUAUGUUAUCUUUUUACAGUACUAUGACUAAUAAUGAUUUAUACCAAUAAUAUAAUGAUGACUUUUAGGCUCGUAGACAAGCUCAAAAAGCCCUUGCCAAAAAAGCAUCUGAAAAAAUCCAACAAAAAAUUGUAAAAAACAUGUUAGAACAAGCAGCUUUAAAAACUGUAAUGGACAGUGGAAAUACUCAAACUGAAGAUGAAGUGAUCUCACAAACUGUUAAAAUGUUGCACAAAGAACCAGAAAAUGAUUUAUUCCAGUUACCCAAUUUAUCAAAAGACUUGUAAAUUAAUGGGAAUUUAGUUAAAAAAUAUAUUAUUUUAAAUGUAUCAUUUGUUUUCUAGUGAAAUCAAAACACCUGAAAAAAAACAAUCCAAUUUUAAUUUAUCUAAAGAAAAAACUGAAAAUAUCGUAUUACUAGCUGUGAAAAAUCAAGAAAAAGAUUUUUUGUAUACAAAUAGUGCAAAAGACAAAGACAAAAAUUCCCCUGCAAAGUUAAAUGUAUGUAUGCACUGUACUUGUUAAAAAUAUGAUUUUUUUUUUUUUUUUUAAAAAAACCUGGUUUGGAAAGUUUUGAAACAUAUUUUAACAAGAAACUAAAAUUUUAUAAAUAAGGGACAGAAUUUUUUAAUUCUUUAAGUACUUAUAUUUUAAUGCCUUUUUUUUAAUAUUGACUAAUGCAUGUAUAUUUAAAUAAAAGAGUAUCUAUAGGCUACACAAAGACCAGUUGCGAAUUCAUCUUGUUAUUUUUAAAAUAAGUGUAUCAUUGUAAAACCACAUUUUUAUUAUAUUAUACAAUAAUGCUAAUAUCUAUUUACUUAUUAGCUAAUUCAACAACCAUACAUAUAUAUUAAUAACUAUGGGUCAAUGGAUAUAAUGGAAAUUAUAAGACGGAAUCAAUUUCAUUUCAUUAUAAGACUGGGUUUUAUGUAUUAAUGGAUAACUGUAAAUUUUAAUUUUGGUUAAUAAUUAUGGUUUCAGACAUUUUCAUCUCUACAAAUUGGAGAACUUAUGAAUGAUUUUAAAGAUGAUCAAAAACGUAAAACUGACACAAAAAAACAACAAAAAUCAAAACAUGAAAUGACAUUAAACGAAUUAGAAAUGUUUUUGAAUAAUAAAAGCAACACCAGUGAACCGAUUGGCGAAUUCAGUCAAAAAAUUGCUUCUGAUCAUAAUACUGUUUAUUAUUAUGAAUCUGGUAUGUAAAAAAUUUAAAUUGAAAUGCAUAAUAUUAAUGAAAUAACAUGCAUGGAUUUAUAAUUACGAAAAGUAUAUCUAAACCUUUUAUCAAAUUAAUGAGCAGUCCUAAGAAAUAAACAAUUUGUAUUCUCAUCAAUGAAAAUGUAUGAGCAGAAGUAGAACCCAAUAUCUUGGGUUUCGCAAAAACAUAUCCUAAAUUGAAACUUUAAACAUUUAUCCAGCUGUAGGCUUUCAAUAUAUUUAUAUUAUCUUAAGAGCAAUUUAUAUACAUUUAUCAAGUAUUCAAAAAAUGUUACCCAUAUAAAAUAAAAAAUGAUUUAUAAUCAAAAAGGCAAUAAUUAAUCUUCGCGUACAAAUAUACAAUAAAUUUCCAUUCUAUCUUCCUAACUACUUACCUACAACAGUGGCCUACCAUACCCAAGUGAAGUAUGUCUGUUUGUGGUUCUUAUUUUUAUAUCAAUAUAAUAGAAUAAUAUUUUAGAUUCUGAGUGGAGCGAAGAACCUUAUGGAUUUAAAAAGAUUUUUAUUAUUAUUUUUUUAAUCUGUGGGCAACUUUUCUACUUGAAGACUUGCUCAGAUUUUUAAUGUAACAUUUUUUCUAAAAGGAAAUCAGUGUGUAGAGGUACUUUAAGGUGGUCAUUUUUUGAUUUUCUCAAGAUCUUUCUCAUCAAAUUUGAAAAACUGAAAAAAACUGAAGAAAACAGGAAAAUAUAAGAAAAGUAGAUAUUAGUUAAAAUAUUUGAUGGCUUUCUUUUUUUCUAUGCACAACUUUUCUAUCAACAAUUUUGUUUCAACUUGUAAUGGUAGCAAUUUUUCUUAAAGGAAAUUUCACUAAGGAGGUAUUUUAAAGAGGUAAUUUUUCAAUUUUCUCAAGAGUUUUAUUAAAUUUGAAAAACCGGGAGGGGAGACUUGAGAAAACUGAAAAAAUUAGUACAAUGCUAAACAAAUAUUAUUAAAGAAAAUUUAUAAAGCCUUUUCAAUUUUUUUGCUAUAAAAUGACAUAUAAAUUGUUUACAAAGCAUCAGUAUCAACUGAACUCUGCUCAGAAUUGUAUUUCAUAAGCAAUGAUUUAUUGUUGCCUACAGGUAUACAUCUAUAACAGUGGCUGCUUCUGUCCUCAUUAUUCUAGGAUAUCUUUUUCUUUUAUAUAUUUGUAUUUAAAGAACAUUUGCGCUGUUUAUAGACAUUUAAAUUUUUUGUUGAAAUUCAGUUAAAACCAAAAACUGAUCUCCCUAAAGUAUCAUUGGACAAAAUUUCCAUUAAGAAAAUUUGCCCACGUAUACAAGAUUUCUAGUAGAGACCAGUUUAAAAUCAAUACAUUCUUCCCUUGACUCAGAAUCUAAAAACAACUAACAUUUUAAAUAUUAGUUAUAACUCAAAAAUUAGUACACAUUUUUUACCAGAAACCACUCCAGAAGUUGAUGGUUGGAAAACAUUUCUAGUCUAGAAAUUGUUCACUAACAAAUAAAUAUAUAUUUAACUAUUUCUUUGCUUAUAAUAAAGAAUUCAUUAAACUAUUAAUACUUAAUAGUCUACAAUGAAUAGUUAUGUAAAAGAUAGUAAUUUUUAUUCUAACAAUAUAAUAUUAAAAUGUAUUCACUUUUAGAUAUUAAUAAGAAGCCAUCCAGUAGUAGUAGUAGUUCUAUGAAUAAUGAAGUAUCCAAUAAGAUACAAACUUCUGAUUUAAAAAAAAAUGUUACAACUGAAUCAAAGAAUACUAGUCAAAAAGUAUCUAUACCUGAUGUUAUUGGAUCACCUAAUCUAAUUGAUGGUAUAAAUUAGUAUUCUAUUUUUAUAGAUUUUUUUUUCUCUUUGAUUAUAUUAUUAAUAUAUAAAUUACAUAUUAUAUAUAUAUAUAUCUUUACAGAUAUAGAUGAAGACAUUUUUAAAGCAUUUGCAGGAGAUGAGUCUCUGGAAGAAGAUAAACUGGCAUGGCUUAUAUUUAAUGAGAAUAAAAAAGCUAGUAAAAGAAGAUCAAGUAAUAAAUAAAUUAGUUUAAACUAAAAUAUAUUAUAACAUGUAAUAUUUCUUUGUAGGCGAAUUUGAGUCUCCCAAUUUGAGAUGUUCUAAAACAGACGAUAAGGGUUCUGAUGUAUUAACAUCAUCAGAAGAAGAUAUAAACACUAAAAAUAAUAAAGAUCCAUCCAGAAAAUCUUUUGAAAACAUUAAUAUUGCUGAUGAUAAAUCUAAUGAAGUCCGUUUAGAUGUUUUUAAUGAAGCAAAUGAUUUGUCCUGUGUGUCCAGUAAUGAUGGUUAAUAUAUUUUAUAUUUUUAGUUUUAAGAUCCUAAUUUAAAUAAAAUUUAAGAGAUUUUGAUCUAAGUUGAUCUAAAUUUUAAAUACAAUUGAAUUAUUUGACAAAUAUCAAACUAAAUAAAAUAGUGUAAUCAAAAUAUAUUAUUCAUUUUAACCUAAUUAUUAAUUUAACUUUAGAUGAUAAUAGUUAUCGUAAUAUUCCAUCUACAAGCAAAGAUACUUUUGAGUCAUAUUCUAGUUAUAAAUCUGAAGAGGCCCAGAAACGUACUAAAUCACACUCUGAUGGAUCCUACAGUGAUUCACCACUACUGUUAUCUGAAAGUUCUGAUGGAUCAUUAUCUGAAAAUUCUCUGGACUUUUCAUCUGAUGAUAGUGUACCUGGUUAUGUGAUUCAGAAGAAAAACAUAUUUGGUUUGUUUAUUCAUAUUACACAUUACAAAUUGUAUAUUAUGGUGUACCCAUGGAAUACAGGAACACUUUAUAACUCUGUACCUUAUGCAUAUUUGAGUUUUCAGAAUAUGAAAAUCAAACUAUGGGACCAUUCAUUUUUCUGACUUAGAAUUUUUUUCAAUUCAUGAGCACAAGUUUUAUUCUGAGCAUUGUGAAACGGAUCAAAACUUUGUUUUUUUUCUUUAUGAGAAUCCCUAUUUUUAAAACUAUUUUAAAUUUUUAAAAUAUUUUAAACCAUAUAAUAAUAAUAUUAAUGUAUAAACUUGUUUUGUAAAUUCAAAAUUGACUGAUGUGAGUUAUUUGAAGCUUGAAAAAUAAAAAUAAAACAUUUUGAUCAUUUAAUUAUAAUUCAUCAAUCUGACUUGAGUAAUACUAAACUAGGUUUUUAAACUUAAAAAAAAAAAUUAUAUCAAAAAAUUGAAUGGCCCAAUAACUGCUUAUUCUCUUUUUAAACAAUUAAUACCACUCACUUUGAUUAAAAAAUGUAUGAAAUUAUUUUAUGUCCAUGGAAACAGGGAACACUUUAUAACUCUGUACCUUAUGCAUGUUUUAAAUAUUUUUAAGAUCUAAAAUUAGACUACCUAUACUAACAAAUUGUUUAUAUUAUAGAGGAAGAAGAUAAAUUGUUAAUGCAUGCUAAUUCUAAUAAGAAUUUGGAUCCUUUGAAAUUUGGUAAAACUGAAUUUAAAGAACUAAAUGAUGAUAGUAAGAAUGUUAUUAAAACUACAAUAAGUAACUGACUCAUGUUACACAUAUAGUUUGACUAAUUUUUGUAAUUGAUUUACUUUCAGUUAUAGAGGACGAUGAAGAUCCAUUACCACCAUUAAAACUCGAUAAAAAAUCAAUGAAAUUUUAUGCUGAAGUAGAUGCUUUAUUUGCUGAUAAACGUGUGUGGGCUAUGAAGGUACUUAUAUUUUACUUUUCAAUUAUCUGAAUAUUGAAUACAUUAUGUUUUUUUUUUUUAGGAUACAUUAGUUAUGCGUAAAUAUGAUUUGGAACUUUUAAAAGAUAAAUCUGAUAGAUUGGGAUCUACUAUAACACAAAAAAUUACAUCACAAAUUAAGGUGAUUAAUUGAUACAUAAUUUAAAGAUAGUAUUAAAACAUUAAUAUAAAUUCAAAAUUUAAGCUGACUAUUUAUAGUACUGUUUACAUCUACUUGGUUUAUUUAUUUAUAUAUUUCAAUAUUUUAUAAAAAAAAAAAAAAAAAACUUAUGUUAGUUUAUUAUAAAUUAUUUUAUUCUUAAAUAUUUAUUUUGUACAAUACUGCUUAAUGAGAUCAUCUUAAAUUGUAUCUACAGACACUUAAUGUUAUCUAAAAUAGUUACAUUAUUUAAUAAGUAUUGAGAUUUAUUUGUAUUAGUACAAGUUAAAUUAUUGGUUUCAUUAUUUUAUUAUAAUUUUUUGAUUUAAAAUAAUACUUAUGUCCAUCAAUUUAUUUAUUUAUAUAGUACUAAUUCAUAUUUCAGAUGCUCUUAAAAUUAUUUGGCAUACCAUUUGUAAUAGCUCCAAUGGAAGCUGAAGCACAGUGUGUGUUUUUGGAAAAAAUUGGCCGUACUGAAGGUACUGUGACGGAUGAUAGUGAUGUAUGGUUGUUUGGAGCUAAUGUUGUUUAUAGAAAUUUGUUUGACAGUAAAAAAUAUGUUAAACAAUUUAAAAGCAUAGACAUCAAACAGAAAUUAGGUGACAAUUUGUGUGUAUUUAAAAAAAAAAUAAUAAUAUUACAUUGUAUUUUAAUUUGAUCUAGAAUUGUCUCGGAAUAGCUUUAUUCAAUUAGCAUUUCUUCUGGGGAGCGAUUAUACAAAUGGUAUUGAAGGCAUUGGUCCAGUAUCCGCUAUUGAGAUUUUAUCUUUCUUUGAACCAAAGACUAAAAAUAUGAACAUUGAAGAUAAAUUAUUAAAAAUUAAGGAGGUUGCAAAUUCAAGUUCUGAUGUUUUCAGCCAUAUACCAUUUAUAAAAAAAUUGAAGUCUUCCAAAAUCAGCAGUGGUAAGUAAUAAAAAUGUAAAAUAAUAAAUAGUUAAGUAAUAAUUUAGUAAUUAUAAAUAUAAUAUUUAUUUUAAAAUGUGAAUGUAUUAUUUAAAAUUUAGAUUUUCCUAAUAAAGCGGUUUUAAAUGCAUACCUCAAUCCAAGUGUUGGUGAAUCUGAUGACAAAUUUAACUGGGGUAUACCUCAGGUAGAUAAUAUUAUUCAAUUUGCUCGUACUAAUUUUAAUUGGGAUGUUCAAAAAACUCAAAGUACAUUAGAACCAGUUUUAAAGAAAAUGAAAGCAGAAACAGUAAGUUUUAAAAUAAAAUUAAAAUAAUUUAUUUUAAACUUAUGGUCUGUUUUUGAUAAGGCUCAAAAGUCAUUAGAUUCAUAUGUCAAAAGUCUCCCCAAAUUAAGCAACACAAACACUGGUAUGAGUAAGCGUGUAAAUCUCGCUGUGAAACGGAUGCGAAAUGACAAUAGUUCUAUAGAGACUAAUACUCAAAAAUCUGAAAAUCCAAACAAAAUUUCAUUAUCAAACAUUUCUAGUGAUAUAACAGAUAAAAAGCGUAGAAAAACAUACAAAUAAAUUGUUCCUGGAAACUGUCAUAGUGAGUAAAAUGUGCCAUAAUUAAACAUGUCCAAUAUUUAAAACAUGAACAGGUAUUUAUAUCAAUAGAACAGACAUUUCAUUAUUUCUAGUUUGUCUAUAUAUAAUACUUUUAAUCUAUUUAUUAUAAAAAUUUGUACAUUUUUACAGAAUCCAAAUUCAUAAUAUUUGAACAAAUUUACUUUUUAUUAAAAAAAUAUUAUUGAUGUAUAAUUCUUAAACUAUUCCAUAUAUCUAUUAAUAUUAUUGGAGUAAAUACUACUAUAAAUAACUCUAGUCAUUUUUUAAUAUAGUAUUCUUAAUAUUACAUAAUUAAAUAUUUAAAUAUCUUUUAAAAAUAAAAUUAAUCAAUCUAAAUUAAAUAUUAUUGCUUGUGUUAAACAAAAAAAUAUUUGUAGAGAAUUAAAAUGAUAUUUAUUUUAUUUAUUUAUUUAAUUAUAUACAAUAAUUGUUUUUUGUCACAAAAAAAAAAAAAAAAAUCACUAUUUAUAUAGAUUUCUACUAAUUAAUCUCUCAGUGGUUUUAAUUCCACAAACUCAAAUAGUGAAGCUAUUAAACCUUUUAUUAAUUUAAUGUGAAAAGUUUUAUUUUUAAGGUUACUUGAUUAUUGGACUUACCAAUUCAAAAUUCACCACAAACCUAACUUUCUUAACUAUUUAAUACUUGAAAAAUAUUUUACAAAAUAAAUUAUAUCUUCAUUGUAUCAAAUUUUUAUUCAAAUUAUCAUUAUUAAUCUUUUUUUUACCAAAAAAUUGAAUGAAUAUUAUAAAUAAUAAUUUGUCAUAAGUUCACCACCUUAAUUUUUGUAAUGUAGUUCUAUUAAAAAAUGUUUAUAAAUAUCAUAUUUAAUUUAUAGUUGCUGUUUUUUAUUGUUAUAAUCAAUGUUAUAGUAGUCUAGUAGUAAACAUAACAUUAUCAACAUUAUUCAUCAUUUAACAUUUAUUUUGAUUAAUAACUAAAUAGUUAUAUAAGUGAUACUAUUUAAGAUCCAAAACUUCUCAUUUUUCUAUUUAUUGUAUAUUUGUUUUCUUCUAUUCUUUAAAGGAAAUAUUAAAAAUAUUAAUAUCUACUUAUAUAGAUCUAAAUCAUAUGAUCCCAUCAUGUAUAUUAUUAUAAACUGUAAUAAUAUAAUUUGUAUUGUUAUGACACUAUUAAAUGUGUAAUUAAAUUUAGCACAAAUGCUUUAAAAAUUAUGUUAUACAGGUUUAAAAUUUUGCAAUUAUUUUUGGUGACCCUUAAAACAUACCGAGUCAAAAGUGAAUUUGUUUUAUACUUUACUGGUGUCAUGCAAAAUGUUUAAUUGUUAUUUUUUGCAUAUUUAAGAUCUAAAGAGCUAUUUUGCUUUGUUGUCCAAAUAGUAGAAUUAAACCUAAUAGGAUGUAUUUAGUUAUUUUUAAUAUCAUGUUAUCCUCAUUGUAUUGCUUUAUUAUCAGAUUUAAUUUUGUAUAUUUUCUAAUUUUUAAUGCUAUUUAUAGUUCUUAUUUUAGUUGUUUGAAGUGCAUAUUUAAAGCAUUAAAAGUUAACUUUUUAGUGCUAUUACUUUAGAGCCCUAAUAAUCACUAAUCAUCUGAUGAAUUUUAAAAUAUAUUCUAGUAAUAUUAAUAAUUUUGUAUUUUACAAAUUCAGGGUUACCACUCUUUUUGAGAACCCGGAAAUCCUAGAAAAGUCAGGGUAUAGAGAAUAUAUCAUAAUAUUCAUGAACAUUUAAAAUUUGAUAGCAGUCUAAAGUGUUUUCCCUAUAAUACUAAUAUUUUUGACGAUAAAACUAAGAACAUUAAAUUCUACUGCUAGUUAAGGAAAAGACUUGUAAUUAUUAUAGUUAAAAUUAAAUAUUGAAUAUUAUAAUAUAGAAUAUAAACAUAUAAAUGUUGGUUUAGACAAGUUUGAUUUUUUUUAUGGAAAGGCUGGAAAUAUCAGAUAAUUUUAAAAUUCAAAGAGUAGCAACUCUGUAAAUUAUAAUUAUAAUAUUUGUAUGUUUAAAAUCAUUUAUUACAAUUUUAAAUUUUUUAUUGGGGACGUUAUGACAUCAUGACUACAUUAUGUAAAAUAAAUAUCCAACUGAAUACUAUUAUCUCAGAUAAGAAUCAUAGAUAGGUAUACAGCAAGACCUUCUAAUUGUAUGGUUAAAAUAUUUCAAUAUAAUUUUGUCAAAGUAUUCUUUAUUUAUAAAAUAUAUUUAGCCUAAAGUUUUAUUCAAUAAUUAUUGGAAAAUAUCUAUGAACUAAUUUUAAACACCUAAUGUAUUAAUCUAUAUGAUUAAGUAUAUUCUAAAAUAAAAGAUAAUAUUAUUGAUAAGAUAUAUUUAUGUAAUAUAUCUAUACAUUCCUAUAAUAAGUUUUAUACACCUAUUUAAAGCUAUAUGAUUUAAAUAAUAUUGAUGUUUGGAAGACUUUAAGUAUUUACAUUUGUUGUUAUUACUAAGUAAUAUUAUAAUUUAGUCGUAAAAUGUAUGUAUAAAUUUGGUUAUUUUCUAUGAGCUAAUCCAAAUUUUUUUUGUUAAUCAUUCGUGUUUUGUGUAUGUAUUUUUUUUUUAAAUUAUUUCCAUAACAUAUAUGUUUAUAAAAUGAUAGUUAAUAGUAAAAUUGUUUAGUUGUGUGCUUUCUUACGUGUUAUUAAAUGUAUAUCAGCUACAUAAGUAGAUACAUUUUUUGGAAACUAUUCACUGAUUUUGAUUUUAUUCAAUUAGAUAUAACAAUAUUUUUAUUCUUUUUCAUCUGUCAUUAAAUGUUAUUAUUUAUUAUACAUUUCUGAUCAUUAUUUUUAUUGUUAGUUUGGUAAUUUAAACUUAAAAACCAAGUAGACAAAUAUUUUUAAUGAUAUAAUAAUAAUUGCUGGUAUUAUUUAUUUAAUUGGUACAUAUUGGUGUAUUAAAAUGUGUAAUGUAUGUCAGUUACUUUAUAACACUUCAAUAUUUUAUUCAGUUACCUAGUAUUUAGUUAAUUAAAACAUUAUAUUUAUAGUAUUUUGGUUAUAAAAUGUUGUGUUCUUAUAUAAUUUAUUUUAAAUCUUUUAUUUAUUUUAUUUUAAAAAUAAUUUAUGUGUACUAUAUUUCCAAUAGGUAAUCAUAUGAUUGUAGUAUCUAUCCAAUAAUUUGGUAUUUUUGUUUAUCUUUAUAUAUGUUUGAAUGUUUAAUGUUUUAUUUGUUUAAGAGUUGUUAUUAAGAAAUUAAUAAAUGUGGUAUACUAUAUACAU